CCAAAUAACCUGGACAAAAGAACAUAAAAUUAUUGUCUCUAAUGGAUUUUUCAUUAAUCCUUUAAUUUAUCAUUAACUUACAUUUAAACAAUAAUGUACUAAAACAUAUUUCUUAAUAAAAUUUAAGACCUCAUUCAAAUAAAGGCAAAAUCCCCAUUUUUUUUCAAUGAUUCUUUGCCAGCAAUACCUUCAGUUUCUUCAAAUGGACUACUUUGUUUAAACAAGUUGUAGACAGUAUUAAAUUCAAGGAUUGUGAAUGUUAUGGCCUAGAUGUGGAAACAGAUGACAUAGGCAGAGUGGACAGUGAGAGAGUGAGACAGAGAGAAAGGUCUUCCUUUUUGCCGUUGGUUCACCCCUCAAUGGCCGCUGUGGCCGGCGCACCGUGCUGAUCUGAAGCCAGGAGCUAAGUGCUUCUCCUGGUCUCCCAUGCGGGUGCAGAGCCCAAACACUUGGGCCAUCCUCCACUGCACUCCCGGGCCACAGCAGAGAGCUGGACUGAAAGAGGAGCAACUGGGACAGAAUCCGGCGCCCCAACGGGGACUAGAACCCGGUGUGCCGGCGCCGCAGGAGGCGGAUUAGCCUAUUGAGCUGCGGUGCUGGCCUACUGGUUCUCUUGCAACCCCUGCUGGAAAGAGUCUCCAUGGAAUUCAUCAUCUGCCAUCUUUGUGGGAGGAAUAUAUAUAAAUACGUGUUGAAUGCAUUUGUUACUGAUAAUGUGGAUUCCAAAGCUGACUUAAAUAAAAAAGUGUUGAGAUGAAUGAUGAAGGGGAUCUUCUGCAGGAGGAUACAGCAAGAGAUGAAGUUAAUGAGACUGAAGCCAGUAGAAUGAGUAAAUUAAGAAAGACAAGAAAGAAAGUCACUAAGCCACAUGAUUAUUCAACUGAAGUGGGAGAAAUGGAUAUAUCCAAUUCAAAUGAGCGAGUCAGAAGCCAAAUGAUGUGUCACCAAUUGGGGGAUACGAGUAAACCAGUCGCAGGACCUAGUUCUUCUGAGACUUGUGUGUCGCAGGAUGAUAAGGACUCUCCGGAUCAGACAAUGGUGAUGAAACCAUUGCCUCCCCAAACAGUCAGUGUUUCUAGUGGUGAACAUAACACAAAUUCUGAUUGUACCAGGGAUAGCACUCAAAUUCUGACCCCACCUCAACUCUCUUCUAGAAUGAAGCACAUUAAACAAGAGAUGGCCAAAAAUCACCUCCAGUUUGUACAGUUUGAAGCAUCAGACCUUCAUGGUGUGUCCAGGUCGAAGAGUAUCCCUGCACACUUUUUUCAAGAAAAAGUGAUCCAUGGUGUUUUCAUGCCCAGAGGUUAUCUUGAAUUGAUACCAAAUCCUAAGGACAAUGAAGUGAAUCACAUAAGAGCCACAUGUUUUAACAAUGACAUAGUCCUGAUGCCAGAGUUAUCAACCUUUAGAGUUUUGCCAUGGGCUGAGAGAACUGCAAGAGUGAUAUGUGACACUUUCACUGUGACUGGUGAGCCGCUGUUGACAUCCCCAAGGUACAUUGCAAAGAGGCAACUGAAUCAGCUGCAGGACUGUGGCUUUUCCCUCCUCUCUGCCUUCAUCUAUGAUUUUUGCAUUUUCGGAGUGCCUGAAAUUAUCAACUCAAAGACCAUAUCUUUUGCUGCUUCAACAUUAGUAAAUAAUCAUGACCAGCCAUUCAUGCAGGAACUUGUUGAUGGCUUAUAUCACACUGGAGCCAGUGUUGAGAGCUUUUCCUCCUCUACCAGGCCAGGUCAGAUGGAAAUUUGCUUUCUGCCUGAAUUUGGUAUAAGUUCAGCUGAUAAUGCAUUUACUCUCAGAACGGGUGUCAAAGAAGUGGCAAGGAAAUAUAAUUACAUUGCCAGCUUUUUCAUUGAGACUGGAUUCUGCAAUUCAGGAAUAUUGUCUCAUAGUCUCUGGGAUGUUGAUGGGAAGAAAAACAUGUUCUGCAACAGUUCUGGGGUUGAACAGCUCACAAUCAUUGGGAAAAAAUGGUUGGCAGGACUCCUGAAGCACUCUGCUGCUCUCAGCUGCCUGAUGGCACCUGCUGUUAGCUGCCGAAAGCGUUAUUCCAAAGAGACCAAGGACCUGAAGGAGAGUGUGCCUACGACAUGGGGAUACAAUGAUAACAGCUGUGCUUUUAAUAUCAAGUGCCACGGUGACAAAGGUGCCCGGAUAGAAAAUAAACUAGGUUCGGCAACAGCAAACCCGUACCUGGUACUGGCUGCCACUGUUGCUGCUGGCUUAGAUGGACUUCAAAGCAACCUUGAUGACUUGGCUGGUCCAGAUGACAGCACAGACCUUUUUCAGUCAGAACCAUCUGAGAUUCCUCUGAAACUGGAAGAUGCCCUUGUGGCACUGGAGGAAGAUGAAUGUCUGAGAGAGGCUCUGGGAGAAACUUUUAUUCGAUAUUUUGUGGCCAUGAAGAAAUAUGAGUUGGAAAAUGAAGAAACAGAUGCUGAGAGAAAUAAAUUCUUGGAGUAUUUUAUUUAGAAUAGAACUGUUAGCUAUUUCUUUAGGGAUGUGGUUAUUUAUUAACAUAUCUACCAGAAAGACGAAGAUUGAACUCUUGUAAUUAAUAACAGCAAGCCCAUAAAAGCUAUUGUUCUUUUUUGUCUCCAUGUAACAUAUGACAGAUAAAGUGGGCCUGCUGAAAGAAUUCUGAUUACUGAAACAAACAAUAAAGUUGUGGUGAAGCUGUGAUAUGCAAUCUUA